AUGUUAUCGUUCUGCACAGGAAGCCAAGAUAAGAAGGCCAUGCGUCUUCAUCGGAACAUCAUGGUGUGCAGUGGAAUUGCCGUGGCCAGCUGCGUCACCCACAUAUACGGUGCUUUUGGUGUGUUUGGUAUCUACUCUGACUUGGUGGUGGUUCCAGCGUGGCCCUGGUGGGUAUUCCAGACCCUCAUGAGGCUUGAAGAGAUUCUCAUGGCUGUUCUCGUCUUUAAACUCGCUGGCAAAGCUAAGAAGGUAACCCAAGAUCGAGACGCAAAACAAACAGGUAUCUCCAGGAUGUUUCAUUCAGCCAUUGAGCGUAUCAACCCAAGUGGUAGGUACGCAAGAAGGAAACAAGUGACACCACUGACGUCAGCAACCGACUGUAGGGGAACCCCCUCACCAGAUGGGGCCAAGAAGGCCUGGGCUAGAGGCAAGGAGGUUACAAGUUGCGUGGGUAGUGUGACAGUGGGAGACUUCGGUGGCCUGCCUCCCGUCAAGCCAUGAGUGCAGCUGACAAAAUAUGUCCUAACUUUGUAACAUUAUCCCUAGCAAUACAGAUUGGCAUAUGUGACUUUGUUUUCGUAGAUAUCUUUCUUAAUUUUCGAAGAUUCAUGUA